AUGAGCGCGAAGCGUUCAUGCCGGCGGCCAGAGUUCCCGCUGCACAGCGACGAGCAGCAGCUGCCCUCGCAACAGCCGCCGUGGCGCAGCGACGAGCUCCUCUCGUCGAUCCGUCUCAUCGGGCGCGGCGGCGAGAGUGGCGAGGCUUUGCUCGGCGCUCUCGCUGGCGAGCAGUGCGACGGCGUUCUCGCAUCCACGAUGAGCCUCGAUGCCGCCUGGCUGCUGGCCACUCUCGGCGUGCGACCUGAGACGCCGGCGGUGAUCGCGUGCCACCACCCGGUCAAGUGCUGGGCGGGAGCGGCCGCCGACCGCCGCUCGGCCGCCUCUGGUGCGGUGCCCGGCUUCCGCAACGCGUGCCUAGUCUUCCCGCCCUUUUGCGACGCGCCGGACAAGCUUAAGGACUGGGCUCCGAAGCGGGAGGAGCAGGCCUACGAGGGGCUGCUCGGGUGCGUGCACCCUAAGGUGCUGGUGCUGCUCUUUCCCGACGCGGCCGUGGUGGUCGUCGCCACCGCCAACCUCAACCGAGGCGGCUGGGCGGCCGGCGGCGUGCGCAACCACCUCUGGCACCACUCCUUCCCGGUAGGCGCGGAGCUCGCCUGCCUCUUCGCCUCGAUGCUGGCGCCGUGUGCGCCGCACGCCGCCACCGUCGCCCUCUUUUGGCGUCUGGCGAGGUACGACUGGCGCGCGGCGCCUCCCAACGUGCAUCUGGUGACCUCGGCUCCAGGCAUCUUCCCGCUCCGCCCCGCCCCUCCGCCGCCCGGUUGUGUCGCGACGGUGCGGUGCGCGCUCGCGGGCGCGAGGCGCUACUACAGCGGCCUGCUCGACGCGCGCGACGUGAACGCCGCUCCCCCGAGGCGGGGCGAGGGCAGUGGCGACGGCGCGGGCGACGGCAGUGGCGACGUGGGCGGCGGAGGCGAGGGCAAGGGGUCGCGUCUUCUGCGCAUCGCCAAGGCUGCGCGCCAGCUGUGCCGGAGCAGCGGCGAGGUCGCUCUGGAGCUGCGCCCGCAGCCGGGCAAUCCACACGACGCGAACGCUAUCGCAGUCUGGAUGCCGGCGGCGCUGCGAGAGGCGCUGGCCGCGGCGGGCGGCGACGCGGCGGCGCUGCGGGAGGAGGAGGGGCAGCUCGGCUGCUUGCCCCGCGAGGUCGCGGCGUGGGCGAGCUCACUCUUUGGGUUCGGUGUGGUGCGCGGCUUUGAGGUGCUCACGCUGCACUUCUGGCUGCCCGCCGGCGGCCAGCCCUGCCUCGACUCGAACGGCGACGGCGGCGUGUGGGGGAGCCUGCUGCAGCUGCUCGGGCGGGCGGAGCGGCCGCGGGGUUUGCACCGAUUGCUUCAGCUCCUCGGCCGGACGCGCGAGCGUGGGAGGUUGUGGCGCAGCCCGCGCGAUGCCGCGGCGGACUACUACUCCACUUCCUCGCUGGGUAACCUGUACCAGAAUACGCGCUUCGCGCAGGCGUUCGUGCACGCGACGGGCGGCGACGGUGGCGGCUCCGAGGGAGAGUCCGAGGAUGAGGAGCAGCGGGUCUGGUCGCACAUUUCUGUCCUCGAUUUCUUGUUAGGCGCGUCGGAGGACGAGGACGAGCAGCUCCCGGGGCUGGUGCUCUUCCCGUCGACGCAUUCGGCCGUUGGACGGGCGCGCCAAGAUGCGCGCCGGCUGCGCGAGGGGCGCCGUGUGCUGCUGCGCGGCCUCUGCGGCGACUUGUGCUCGCUGAACGGCCGCACGGGGGUGCUGCAGGAGCAGCUAGGGGAGGGGCCGCUAGCGCUGGCCGAGGGGGAGUGCGUGCUCAUCUGCGGGCUGCGGCGCCGCGCCGAGCUCAACGGGCAGCGCGUGCGGAUCGGCAGGCGCGUGCCUGCUCGGGGCCGCUACGUGGCGGUCCUGGACAGCGGCGAGGCGCUCUCGCUGCGCCGUGCGAACCUGUCGUCUCUGCAGUGGUGCGUCGAGCUCGAGCCGGGCGAGGCUAGGGGCGAGGAGCACGCCAAGCUCGUGAGCCUGAGCGCCGCCAACCUCGUCGCCACCGCGGUGCAGCCUCACGGGCGCGUCGUCCUCCGCGCGAACGCCGCCCAGCCCGUUGCGGAGGGGCAGCCGCUGCCGCCCGCUAUGAGCCAGGAGGGGAGGCGCGGCUGGCGCUGGUGUGGCGUGGCGGCCUCGCGCCUCGCGGGCGGCUGGUGGCGGGUGAGGCUCGAGGGGGGGGUCGGGGACGUGCGCGUGCGGGAGCGGCACUUGUGGGCGGCGCCGCCGCGGCUGCCGUGGCUCACCUACAUGAUGUCGGCGAGGACGUGGUCGGACGUGCUGCGCGUGCAAGCUGGCCGACGGUCGCGCCUGCGCCCGCUGCUGGCGGAGUGCGAGCAGACCACGCAGCAGCAGGGCUUCCAGCACUCAAAGGUGGCGGUGCGGCGCUGGCGCGACGGGAGCGGCUACCUCUACCUCGGCUCGCACAACUUCUCGCCGGCCGCCUGGGGCUCUCCGCGGCUGCUCGCCACGGCGAGGAUGCACGUCGGCGGCGGCGGCGGCGAGACCGUGCUCUGGGUGGCGAGCUACUGCGAGGGGGUGCUCUGGGUGGCGAACUACGAGUGCGGCCUCCUCCUCGUCCACCCGCCAGGCGACGCGGCGCCGGUCGGCUUCUGGGACGCGCUGCAGGCCCGGCUCGGCUUUGCUGCCAGCGGCAGGACGCUCGACGGCGGCGGCGUCGGCGGCGAGGACGGUAGAGGCAGUCCGACAGCGCGCCCGUUCACGCAGGCUGACUGCAGGCUCCUCGCGCGCGAGAUGUACGUGCAGGCGGCGGCCGAGGCCGAGGCGGCGGCGGCGGAGGCGCAGGCGGCGGCCGUGCCGGCGGGGGCGGUGCAGCUAGCCGAGGGGCAGCAGCAGGCGCGGGCGGCGGCCGCUCACGCCGACGGCACGGAGGCGAUCGCGGAGCUGAACGACGAGGCGCGCUACGAGGUGGUUGGCGUGGCCGAGGCUGUGCGCUGGCGGGCCUCCCUCCCUGAGGGCCGCGCGGCGCAGCACAGCUACGCGGAGGAGCGGCGGGAGGAGCGGGCGGAGGCGCUGCUCUUGCCGUUGCAUUGGCCACCGCCCACCGGCCUGACUGCGCCUUUUUGA